CCCAGCGCUCAACCACUGCGCCACCGGGGAGGCCCUUUUUUAAGAGUUUUUUUAACUUUGAUGUUUCAAUCCAUUUCGAGUUGAUUUUUUAAAAAUGUGUGAGGAAGGAUUCCAGCUUAAUUUUUUUUUAAUUUAUAUUCUUUAUAUUCAAUUUGUUGGAAAGACUGUUCUUCCCCCCACUGCACUGUCUCGAGACACUGUUUGAAAUCAGUUGACCACACUGUGAGAGUUUGUUUCUGGACUCUGCAUUCACUCCAUCGGUCUAUGUCUAUCCUUACGUGGUACUGCACGGCCUUGAUUACAGUAGUUUUGUGAUCGGUUUUGAUACUGGGAAUUGUGAGUCCAUGUAUUCUAAGCUAUUCUGGGUUUCGUGAAUUUCAUAUGAAUUUUUUUCAAAGAUUUAUUCUUUGAUUGAUUGAUGCAUACAAGAAUUGGGGUACAGGCCAGAGGUGUAGGGGAUGAGAAGAUUCCCCAGAGACAGUGGGGAACAGAACAGACAGAUACAGUGAAAUCUACUGUUGAGGGGAGCAGCAGGUGAGUCAGGAGAGGUCUGCUAUGCCAUGUGGGGGAGCUCCCUGGCUGGAGCUCGAACUCAUGCUGCAGUGGCUGUGGAUUGCUUCAUAAUGCAGCAUCCUAACCCCUUGUGCCACCAGGGAGACCCCGAUUUCAUAUGAAUUUGAGGGUCAGCAAUGUCAGUUUCUGAAAAAAAAAUCAAGUGGGAUUUGGAGAGGGAUUUUGUGAAUCUGUAGAUUCAUUUGAGGAGCAUUCUCACCUUGACAGUGCUCAGUCUUCCUGUCCAUGACCAUAAGAUGCCUUUCUGUUUACUUGGGUCCUCUUUAAUUUCUCUCACAAUGUUUUGUGUUUUUUCAGAAUACGAGUUUUGCAUGCCUUUGGUUAAAUUUACUCAUAAAUGCUUUGUUAUUUGUGAGGCUACUGUAAAUAGUAUUUUUCCUCUUAAUUUCAGUUUUGGAUGAUUCCUUGCAGUGGCAUAACAGUAGCAGGGGAGGUCUUUUAUUUCUUUUUCUUGUCCGGUUGUUCUGACUAGAGUCUCCAGUACAAGUUUGAAUAGAACUGGAAAUCAGGCAUCCUGUCUUUUUCCUGACCUUAGGGUAAAAGCUGUCAGUGCUUACCACCAAGUGUGAUUGUACCCUGGGGUUUUUCAUAGAUACUUUCAUCAGGCCGUGGAAGUUUUGUUGAAUGUUUUUACCCACGCCUGCUUUGUGAGGACAGCUCUGAGCCUGAGUAUCCACGACUUUACCUCUGCUAAGGAGACCUUACUGGGUGGCUGUCUAUGGACCUGGAUCUCCUAAAAUUUAAAGUGUUUUCCUCUUUUCUUUGUGUUCACAUUUCUCUUUAAAGCCCAGAGGAAUGUCGCCCUCCUGCCCCUUCGCUCACGCCCACCCGCCUUCCUUCCUGCAUUUUUUUUUUACACCAAAGCAGUUAGGUCCGGGGGAGAGCUGCCUUUUCUUCUUUUUCCUUUUCUUCUUUAAAGAUUUAUUUAUUUAUACGUGCGAGAACUGGGGUGAGAGGACUCACCAGCGAGAGUGGGGAACAGAACAGGCAGAUGGAAUGAAAUACACUCAGGCAAGGCAGGAGAGGUGUGCUGCGCCAUGGGGGUAGCCCCCGGCGGGGGCUGCAACUCGUGCUGAGUGGCUGUGGCGAGCUUCAUGGGUUGCGUCUGGACCCCUUGCGCCACCAGGGAGGCCCUAGCUUCCUUUUUUCCUUAAAUAAAGGCAGCAUGCUGAAAUUCUCUUGCAGGUUCUGUUUCUCGCUUACCAUAUCCCGGACAUCACGCAGUCCCGGUGCGUGGAGUCGGCUCUCGUCUUUAUUGGCAGCUGCGCUGUGCUCUGCUUCGACGCAGCCCCGGGAACCCAGUUCCUUGCCCGGCAGCAGGAGAGACCCCUCUGCUGGGGUGUGCGGGGCCACCAUGCCCCUGCCCGAUCCCAGCGAGCAGGAGGGCAAGCGCGUGAAGGCCGGCCAGGAGCCGUCCCCCGAACCCCCCGAGCCGGGCACAGGCGUCGUCCCCGCAGCCCCGAGAAAGCCCCGGAAGUUCUCCAAACUGGUCCUGCUCACAGCCUCCAAGGACAGCGCCAAAGUAGCCGGGGCCAAGCGCAAGGGCGUGCACUGCAUCAUGUCCCUGGGCGUGCCCGGCCCCGCCACCCUGGCCAAGGCCCUCCUCAAGAUCCACCCCGAGGCCCAGCGGGCCAUCGAGGCGGCCCCCCCGGAGCCCGAGCAGAAGCGCUGCAAGCGGGGCGCAGAUGGGAAGGAAGAUGGAAGUUUGAUGGGGCCUCCUGCCCCCAGCACCACCGCCCCUGCCCCAGCGUCCCCGCGUCCGGGCAGCCCUGGCAGCGGCCAGUCUGAGCGCUCAGCGACCUCGACAUGACUCCCUGCCUCGGCUCCGCCUGGCCCCGUCGCCGACCGUUUUUUCACCCUCAACAUUGUGUGUUUUUCCUGAUGAAGCAUCAGUCACUUUUGUAAGCAGAAGAUUCAAAAAAGUGAAUAAAAGAAGCUGGACCCCGCCGUGGACGCCUCUGAGCCUGCAGGGUCCUGGGUCCUCCAGCCCGGCCC